GAAAAAUUAGCUUAUUUUGAUAUAAUCUUUGCAAAUUAUGACUUCAUCAAAAGGAGGCGACAAACCCCUACAGACACUUGAAUUUUAUUAGUAUUUCCUUUAUUUUUGCAUUUUUAACACACAAACAAGCGAACAGAAAAAACAACCGUGAACAAAUAAAAACAUACCAGCUGCCACACAAAAGAAAACAAUCAUAAAAACCAGUCAUAUUAAGGGGCAUGUAAGCUUUUUUUUUAUGUGUAAUGUGGUGUAGACAUAAGUGCUGGACAUCACAACUAAGAUGUUUAGUGAUUACAAGAAACACAGAAUCUUGCAUCAUACAAUGAUGACAAUGGUGGAGGAGGGGAAAGGGAGGAGGAAAAGUGAAGGGUAAUAGRAGGUAGAUGCAACAAUGAGAGAGCAGAGAAAUGUAAAGGAGGGGAGUGUAGCAGAGAGCUGCAGCCGAGAAUAAGGAGCUUAGUAAGGCAGAGUGAGCGAGGUCUUUAAAGUUUAGACAGCUUUGUGAACUCCAUCCUGACAGAUGGACAACCCGGACAGAGUUGAACUCUGCUACCCCCAGCACCCAAAUAGCUCCUGCAGCGGUCCGAAGCGACCUCCCUCCCAGGCCGUUCUGCUGUACACGCUGCUCUCCUCCGUCACUGUGGUCACCGUCGCUCUGAACCUGCUGGUCAUCAUCUCCAUCUCCUACUUCCGGCAGCUGCAGACCCCGACCAACACCCUCGUGCUGUCCCUGGCCGCCUCAGACCUCCUGGUGGGGCUGCUGGUGAUGCCGGUGGAAGCGGUGCGGUUCAUUGAGCCCUGCUGGCUGCUGGGUGACGUCAUGUGCGCCCUGUCUUACAUUGCCGGCUUCACGCUCACCUCGGCCUCCGUGGGAAACAUGGUGCUCAUAUCGAUAGACCGCUACGUGGCCAUAUGUUUCCCCCUGCAGUACUCCAGUAAAAUCACUCGCAGCAGAGCGGAGGUGUCUGUGAGCCUGUGCUGGGCCUGCGCUCUCCUCUAUAACGGCCUCAUCUUAAAAGACCACCUCAGGCAGCCGGACAGGUACAACUCCUGCUACGGGGAGUGCCUGGUGGUCAUCAGCUACAUCUCUGGAACCAUAGACCUAGUCUUCACCUUUGUCGCGCCCUGCUCGGUCAUCGUCUUCCUGUACAUGAGAGUGUUUGUGGAGGCGGUGUCUCAGGCCCGGGCCACGCGCUCUCACGUUACAGCCGUCACGGUCAGGGUCACGGCGAAGAAAUCCGAGCAGAAAGCAGCCAGGACUCUUGGCAUUAUUAUAUUCAUGUUUCUGGUGACUUUCUGUCCGUAUUACUACCCAUCUCUCGCAGGUCAAGACAUCUCCAACAGCGCCUCGUCUUGGGCCAUUGUGUCCUGGAUGGUGUAUUUUAAUUCCUGCUUGAAUCCGCUCGUAUACGCCUUGUUCUAUCCCUGGUUCAGAAAAAGUAUUUCUUUAAUUGUGACUUUGAAGAUCCUAAAACAUGAUUGCUCUCAGACAAACAUGCUUUAACAAAGAUGUUCAAUUCAACUCAAAGGGAAGUUAAAUGUUUUAAUUAUUCAAAGUUCUUCAGUGUUGUUGUAUAAACUGUGGGGUGGACAGAUCUCCUGUAGCAGUUCGUUUUACAGCAAAUCUGAAGAAGCUUCUGACUGAAGAUACUGUUGUGUGACUGACUUAAGAGAAUGCUAAAUGGUUUUCUAUACUUUUCCC